AUGGAAACUGCAGUAUUUAGCUGUUGGCUCCUUUUUCUGCUGUUCAGCCCAACUGUUCCGACGUGCCUACCCACCGACUUUACUCUGUAUGUGGAGAAGCCAGAGUGUGACUUCUGUGUGGCUAUCAACACUACUAUUUGUAUGGGAUUUUGUUACUCGAGGGACAGCAACAUGAGGGACUUACUCGGCCCACGCUUCCUCAUCCAGAGAGGCUGCACAUAUGACAGAGUAGAGUACCGUACUGCUGUCCUACCCGGCUGUAGUGCUAACCCUGUCUUCACCUACCCAGUGGCUCUCAGCUGCCACUGUGGAGCCUGCAGGACUGACAGUGAUGAGUGUACCCACAGGGCUGGUGUGGCUGGAGCUAAAUGCACCAAACCAGUCAGACAUAUCCACCCAUAUCCUGGACAGAACAACUAUUUGAUCCCUUUCUAA